CCAGAUCACCGAGUUUUGCUGCCAGCUUUGGCCGUGAGGAUGACGGCGCGGUGAUGCCGAUCUGGUGUUGCCCCCUGCCUUGUGGAAGGUAGACUUUCCGCUGCCCGCCAUCAUGAGAGCGCCAAGGAGGAGGGCGCUAUCGCUGCCGGCGCUCUUCAUCCUCGUAUUCCACCUCCCGGCGGCGCCUGUCGUUGGCCAAUAUUCGGAAACGGACAAGCAGGAAGAGUGCGAGCGGCGCCAGCACCCGGUCCUCACGUUUCAAGAGCUCCAGCCGUGGCUGUCUAAUUUCACCUAUGCAGAUGCGCGAGACUUUUCUCGUCUGGCUCUGGAUGUCAACAGGAAUCAGCUGAUUGUGGGAUCCAGGAACUACCUCUUCAGACUCAGCCUGUUCAACGUCUCUCUCAUCCAGGCGACAGAGUGGAGUUCUGAUGAAGAUACGCGCCGGUCGUGCCAAAGCAAGGGGAAGACGGAGGAGGAGUGUCAGAACUUCGUGCGCGUGCUGAUCGUGAGCGGGAAGAGAGUGUUCACGUGCGGGACGAACGCCUUCUCCCCGGUGUGCACCAGCCGACAGGUUGGGAACCUGAGCCGAGUGAUCGAGAAGAUAAACGGGGUGGCCCGGUGUCCCUACGAUCCGCGCCACAACUCCACGGCGGUGAUCACGUCCCGGGGAGAGCUCUACGCUGCCACCGUCAUCGACUUCUCCGGCCGGGACCCCGCCAUCUACCGCAGCCUGGGCAGCGUCCCCCCGCUCCGCACCGCGCAGUACAACUCCAAAUGGCUGAAUGAACCCAACUUCGUGGCGGCCUACGACGUCGGUCUGUUCACGUACUUCUUCUUCCGGGAGAACGCCGUGGAGCACGACUGCGGCAAAACGGUUUAUUCCCGCGUGGCCCGCGUCUGCAAGAACGACUUCGGGGGCCGCUUCCUGCUGGAGGACACGUGGACCACGUUCAUGAAGGCGCGGCUGAACUGCUCCCGCUCCGGCGAGAUCCCCUUCUACUACAACGAGCUGCAGAGCACCUUCUUCCUCCCCGAGCAGGACCUGAUCUACGGCGUCUUCACCACCAACAUAAACAGCAUCGCGGCGUCCGCCGUCUGCGCCUUCAACCUCAGCGCCAUCACUCAGGCCUUCAACGGCCCCUUCAAAUACCAAGAGAACCCCCGCUCCGCGUGGCUGCCCACCAUUAACCCCAUGCCCAACUUCCAGUGCGGGAUCCUGAAUGACGACAGCCCCAACGAGAACCUGACGGAGCGCAGCCUGCAGGACGCGCAGCGCUUGUUCCUGAUGAACGACGUGGUGCAGCCGGUGUCCGUGGAGCCCCUGGUCGCGCAGGACAGCGUGCGCUUCUCCAAGCUGGUGGUGGAUAUCGUGCAGGGGAAGGACACGCUCUACCACGUCAUGUACAUCGGGACAGAACGCGGGACGAUCCUGAAGGCGCUGUCCACGGCCAACCGCAGCCUGCGCAGCUGUUACCUGGAGGAGAUGCACAUUCUGCCCCAGGGGCAACAGGAGCCGAUCCUCAGCCUGCAGAUCCUCCACAGCGACCGAUCCCUGUUCGUGGGGUUAAACCGCGGGGUGCUGAAGGUGCCCCUGGAGAGGUGCUCCAUGUACAGAUCGGAGGGCACGUGUCUGGGGGCCAGAGACCCCUACUGCGGCUGGGACAGCAAGAAGAGGCGCUGCAGCACCCUGGAGGACAGCGUUAACAUGAGCCUCUGGGGGCAGAACAUCACCGAGUGUCCGGUCAGAAACUUAACCCUGAACGGGGGUUUGGGGGUCUGGUCCGCGUGGCAGCCGUGCCACCACUCCGAUGGAGACUCCACGUGUCUGUGCCGCUCCAGAGCUUGCAAUAGCCCUGCGCCGCAAUGCGGGGGCCGGGACUGUGAAGGGCCACGAAUAGAGAUCGCCAACUGCUCACGGAAUGGAGGGUGGACGCCGUGGUCCUCGUGGGCGACGUGCAGCACGUCCUGCGGAAUCGGCUUCCAGGUGCGGCAGAGAAUGUGCAGCAAUCCGGCCCCGCGCUUCGGAGGGAGAGUGUGCGUGGGGCAGAGCCGGGAGGAGCGCUUCUGUAACGAGAACAGUCCGUGUCCGGUGCCCAUCUUCUGGUCCUCGUGGGGCUCGUGGAGUAAAUGCAGCGCUGAUUGCGGAGGAGGCACUCACUCGAGGCAGCGCUCCUGCGAGAACGGGAACAGCUGCCCCGGCUGCGGGCUGGAAUUCCGAAGCUGUAACUCCGAGCCGUGCCCCGAAGUGCGCAGGAACACCCCGUGGACCCCGUGGAUGCCGGUUAACGUCACGCAGAGCGGCGCCCGCCAGGAGCAGCGCUUCCGGUUCACCUGCCGCGCUCAGCUCUCCGACCCCCACGAGCUGCAGUUUGGGAGGAAGAAGACGGAGACUCGGUUCUGUCCCAACGACGGCUCGGCUGCCUGCGAGACCGACUCCCUCGUGGACGACAUGAUGCGCGGUGGCGGCGGUGGCGGUAAGACCCCCUCUCGCAUCGUCGGCGGGGGAUGGAGUCAGUGGGGAUCCUGGUCUUCUUGCUCUCGGGACUGCGAGCUGGGUUUCCGAUCUAGAAAACGGACGUGCAGUAGUCCAGAACCUCGGAACGGGGGGCCGCCGUGUCUGGGAUCUGCCACGGAAUUCCAGGAUUGUAACCCCCAGCCGUGUCCAGUGAAGGGAUCCUGGUCCUGCUGGUCUUCGUGGACACAAUGCUCGGCCACGUGCGGAGGCGGCCAUUACCAGCGGACCCGAACCUGCACCGACCCGCCGCCAUCCGCCGGGGGGGACAUCUGCAUCGGCCUCCACACGGAGGAAGCGCUCUGCAACACCUACUCCUGCGAAGGGGGCUGGGCAGAGUGGGCCGAGUGGAGUAUGUGUCACGAAGACGGAACGCAGUUUCGGAGCCGUUACUGCGAGAGCCACGUUCCGGGAGCCACGCAGUGCGUCGGGAACAGCACCGAGUACAGAGACUGCAUCUACAACGAAAUCCCAGUGAUCCUUCCAGCUUCCAGCAUCAACGAGAACCCGGAAUGUGGAGGUUUCAGUCUCAUCCACCUCAUCGCCACCGGGGUCUCCUGCUUCUUCGGCUCCAGCCUCCUAACGUUCGUCAUUUACGUUUACUGCCAGCGGUGCCAGAGACAGUCGCAGGAAUCGACCGUCGUCCACCCGGCGACCCCCAACCACCUCCACUACAAGGGCAACGCUACCCCCAAGAACGAGAAGUACACCCCCAUGGAGUUCAAGACCCUCAAUAAAAAUAAUUUGCUUCCCGACGACCGGAGCGGCUUCUACCCGCUGCAGCAAACCAACGUCUACACGACCACCUACUACCCGAGCGGCCUCGGCAAAUACGACUUCCGCCCCGAUUCCUCCCCGGGCAGAACUUUCACCAACAGCUGAGACCGGGACGCGCGGAACGUCCCCGCGGAGACCCCCCUCCCCCGCUCACGUUCCGUGUACACCCGCUCCGGACCGCUGACUCCUCUCCGCGAACUUUGAGGAGCAAAAC